AUGGCGGCACUGCUCAGCGCGCUCCCAGGACACGACGUCGGGGAAGAUGUAAGCUCUGUUGGGCGCGUUUUCAACCCACCCGCAAAUCCCGCCCAGCUCUACUUGGAGCAAACCGAGUUUCCCAAGUAUCUUCUCGCCAAGUCGUUGUUUGACUGUCGCGAGUUUCAGCGAUGUGCCUCCGUCUUCCUACCUCGGCAGUCCAUCAGGAACACCUGGACCAGUCGGCAAGGCACCGUGUAUGACAGAAUCAGCCGGAAGGCUCUCUUUCUUACCCUCUACGCACUCUUGAUCGCCGGUGAAAAGCAGAAAACGGAGCAGAAGGCCCAAGUCCUCGGGACCGCCGACAACGGGGCUACUGUGAAUCAGCAGCUGCCUGACAUCCGACACAUCUUGCAAGCGUCCUUGGAUCAGACACACGAAGUGACCAUCGAGAAUGAUUCCAAUCUGUAUGAGGCGAAUUUGCUCUUCUCAAAAGUCCUUGCCCUGGACCCGCGAUAUCUUGACUUCUUCGAUCACUACUCGAAUGUCUUAUACAACCUAGGCUCCCACGACAGACUCGCGUUCGUAGCCCAGCUUGCCUCAUCCGUCGAUAGUCACCGACCUGAAACGUGCCUUGUUAUCGGCAACUACUACUCUCUUUCGUCGCGUCCCGAGGCUGCCAUCACAUCCUUCAGACGAGCUUUGGUCCUCGACCGUAGCUGUUCCGCUGCCUGGACUUUACUUGGCCACGAGUACCUGAAAGCGCAGAAUACUCACGCCGCCAUCGAAUCGUAUCGGCAUGCCAUUAGCCACGCCCGUCACGAUUAUCGAGCCCUUUUCGGACUCGGCCAGGCGUACGAUGCACUCGAGCAGCCGGAUCUGUCGUUGCACUACUAUCUUCGGGCCAGCACCAUACGGCCCAGCGAUACGGACCUGUUGCAAGCAGUGGCCACCGGCCUGGCGGCGAUGUCUCGGCUUGAGGAGGCGAUCAAAGUCCUGAAAAGGGCCCUUGCGUGCAGCGCUUCAGAGGAUGGGGUGGCCGCGAAACAGACACGUGCAGAGCUGCUCUUUCGGUUGGGGGGUCUGUAUAACGAGGCGCAGAAUCGCGAGGAGGCCACGGCAUGUCUCGAAAUGUGUCUAGACAAGGCUCUUGAAGGCGAGGCAACCUGCCGUCCGGCGGGAACAAGUGAGCGCCUGGACAUGGCGAUGAUACCCAAGGCUCAACUGCUGCUGGCGCAGUGGGCCGUGGAGGACGGGGACUCUGUUUCGGCGCAGCGUCUUUUUCAGCCUGUCGUACUGGUUGAUAACAUCCCCGUGCUGUCAUACCAGCGCGCGAUGUUGCUGGCUACCGAGCACCUCUCGCCGUAUCCGCCGUUUGGCGUCCUCGGCCUGAACACGGAUGGCGUUGAAAGCCUGCUGCACCUGCGGAAGCCUGAGCUGUAG